AUGUCGUCUGGACAAGCAGCCUCCAAACUCUCCUCGUGGCAGAAGCUCAAGCAGCUUCACCAAUCGAAAUCCUCCUCCCUCGUCCUCAAGGACCUCUUCAAAGCCGACUCGUCCCGGUUCGACAAACACUCCUUGACCUUCUCUGAGGCCUCGGAUGUUUCUAUCCUCCUCGACUACUCCAAGAACCUCAUCGACGAUGAGGUCCUUUCGGCCCUGUUUGAGCUUGCUCGCGAGGCCAAGGUCGAAAACUUCCGGGACAGCAUGUUCUCGGGGGAACACAUCAACACCUCGGAAGGUCGGGCGGUGCUCCACGUGGCGCUCCGUAACCCGCUGCCCAAGGAUGGCGGGUGGGAGAUCAAGGAGGAAGGCGCUGGCCAGCCGGUCCAUGAUGUCCUCAACCACAUGAAGGAGUUUUCCGACUCGGUCCGCAGUGGCCAGUGGAAGGGAUACUCGGGUAAGGCUAUCGACACCAUCAUCAACAUCGGAAUCGGCGGAUCGGAUCUCGGGCCCGUCAUGGUCUGCGAGGCGCUCAAGUCGUACUCUAAGCGGGAUCUCAAGAUGAUCUUCGUCUCCAACAUUGACGGUACGGAUAUCGCCGAGGCGCUCCGAUCGUCCGACCCAGAGACUACCCUCUUCAUCGUCGCGUCCAAGACUUUCACCACCCAGGAGACCAUGACCAACGCCGAGACUGCAAAGGAGUGGUUCUUGAAGACUGCCGGAGACAAAGAACACGUCGCCAAGCACUUUGUCGCUCUCUCGACCAACACCCAAGGCGUCACUUCGUUCGGUAUCGCCGAGGCCAACAUGUUCCAAUUCUGGGACUGGGUCGGCGGACGAUACUCCCUUUGGUCCGCUAUCGGUCUCUCGAUUUGCCUCUCGCUCGGCUUUGACAACUUCAAGCAGAUGCUUGACGGCGCGCACGCGAUGGACAAGCACUUCAAGGAGACUCCAUUGGAGAAGAACUUGCCGGUCGUCCUGGCCCUGGUCGGGAUCUGGUACAAUGACUUCUACGGUGCCCAGACCCAGGCUCUCCUCCCUUACGACCAGUACAUGAAGCGCUUUGCCGACUACUUCCAGCAGGGAGACAUGGAGUCGAACGGAAAGAGCGUGACCAAGGACGGGUCGAGGGUGGACUACGAGACUGGACCUAUCAUCUGGGGACAGUCCGGUACCAACGGCCAACACGCCUUCUAUCAGCUCAUCCACCAAGGCACCAAGCUUAUCCCAUGCGAUUUCCUUGCUCCUGUCGAGUCGCAGAACCCGGUCGCUGGCGGAAAGCACCACGAGAUUCUCCUUUCCAACUUCUUUGCUCAACCCGAAGCCCUCGCCUUCGGCAAGACCGAAACCCAAGUCCGAGAAGAGCUCGGCUCGCAAUCAUCCAACGAAGCCCUCGUCAAGUCCAAGAUCUUUGAAGGCAACAAGCCCACCAACUCGAUCAUGUUCCAAAAGCUCAACCCGGCCACUCUGGGUAGCUUGAUUGCCAUGUACGAGCACAAGAUCCACGUGCAGGGCGCAGUGUGGGGUAUCAACUCGUAUGACCAGAUGGGUGUCGAGCUGGGCAAGGUGCUUGCCAAGGCGAUCUUGGGGCAGUUGGGGAGUGAGGGCGAUGUCAAGGGUCACGAUAGCUCGACGACGGGUCUGAUCCACUUUUACCAGAAGAACCGGAAGUAG